AUGGUACAAACCCGCUCGGCAGCCCGACAGUCGAAUUCUGCGGACAGGUCGCCGUAUCGAUAUGUGCCCCGCCAGCAUGUGGAGGUGCAUUCGACAGGAAUCAGCGCCAUCGACCAUUAUUUGCAGCAAGACUGCAUACUUACCCCAGAAGAGAUGGCCCGACUGGCAGCCCACAAGUACUCGGCCAUCGACAUUUCUUGGUUGGAUGAAUUGUGCAUGAAGAAUUUCUGGGAACGAGUCGUGGAGUACUGUCCGCUCUGGGUCGCGCCGAACCUGAUCACAUUGGUGGGCCUGAUCGUGAACCUGGCGACCGUCCUCAUCUUGUCGUACUACAGCCCGACCGCCAAAGAAGAUGCUCCGAGGUGGACGUAUGCGCUGGCUGCAUUAGGCCUCUUCAUCUACCAGACCCUCGAUGCCAUUGAUGGCAAGCAAGCCAGGCGGACCGGAUCCUCCUCACCCCUCGGCGAGCUUUUCGACCACGGCUGUGAUAGUCUCUCGCAGAUUUUCGUCUGCCUGAACGUGUGCUAUGCGCUGCAACUGGGUGACGUGAAACACGGCGUGUUUUUCGUGUCGAUCCUGGCGAUCAUCGUCUUCUACGCCGCACACUGGAGCACUUAUUGCACGGGUCAGCUGAGAUUCGCUCGCUUCGACGUCACCGAGGCUCAGAUGUUGGUCAUGGCUUUGCUCUUGUCGACUGCAGCCUUCGGGCCGGGUCUCUGGUCGAUUGGUGUCCUUGGCUGCCAGUUGAAGCAUGUGGCCGUAUUCCUCACGCUGUGCGGGACCAUCUACCAAAGCUCUUCCUAUCUCUUCACAAUCCUAACCGGGGGCAUUGGACGAAAUGGCAGUACUGUUGCGGGAACCUCGGUGCUUUUCCCGAUUUGCCCACUCUUGGCCGUCAUUGUCCCAUUCUGCAUGAUGUACUCGAAGAGCUCGACGGAUGCCUUCGAACAGCAUCUAACGGCUUUCUCCUUGUUCUUUGGAGCUGUGGCUGCUAAGGCUACGAAUCGCCUCAUCGUAGGGCACAUGUCGCGCAGCGAGCUCCCGCUCUGGGAUUGGACGUACAUUGGGCCGACGCUGCUGAUACUUAAUCAGUACUACGACUACGUUGUCUGCGAGCAACGUCUGCUCUACUUCUGCGCCAUCUACUCCUGGUGCUCCCUGGUGCUGUACUGUGUGAUGGUGACGCGACAAAUGUGCGCCUACCUCAACAUCUCGUGCUUCAAGAUCGACAAAGUCAAGCCC